AUGACAGAAAUUGUUGGACGAAAGACAUCGCCAAGGAAGAAGGAAAUCGACAUCGCCAAAAGUCAGUGUUGCUCUCUUGCCAGCCAGUCGGCCACCGGCGUCAUCGCUGCAUGUGAUUCCGACUCUCUGCUCCCACCCUCUGAACGAAAUCCUUCGCCUGAUCCACAGGAGCCUCAAGUGACGUCGUUGCCAGAAAAGUGGCCAGGUGUUGGAAACCUGGUGACGCUUUUGUCGGUCAGCCAAAAUGAGGACAUGCCAAAUCUGUUGAUGAUGCUGGUCGAAGGCUGGGGGGCUAUUUACCUGUCACUGUUCGCGUAUGCGUUCACGUCAUAUGAUUCGCGAUGGUUGUACCGGCUCAUGGCGCAUCCGGUGAACGACGAAAUGUUUUCAGCCGUCUUCGGAGGUGGCGCUGAGAAAAAGACGCUCCUCGAAUACGCUACCAUGGCGAUGACCUUACCUGAGGGUUGUGAUUCUGUGGCUACAUCCAGAUCAGUGGGCAACAGCGGCCACUAUCACGGCAACGUUUCGUUGGAGAACAGCGAUCCGGCGAAACUCAGGGCAAAGUUUCAUGCCAAGGUUUUCGGCCUUCAGCCGGACACCCUCUUAUCUAGCCCCUCUGGCGGAAGCGCUGACGCGCCGCACCGUAGUCGUUUGGUGUCCACUCGCACCGAAUGGUUAUCACCAAAAAAGAGCGUCAUGGCUUAUUACAUGACAAAGGUUUGUUUACGGUUGUAUGGUCAUUAAUA